AUGUUCUAUUUGCUGCUGAUAAUCUUAUCGGUGGUAUUCAUCGUGGCAAGGGAGUACUAUAACAGAACCCAAAAGGUGUUGAGUAUUGAAACUUUCAAGAAAGAAAUCCACCAGGAGUUUCAACGACAAGUUACCAAUGGCCAAGAUCUGGUACGUGAGCAUCGGCGGAAAAUUGAGGAAUCUGAAGCACAAAUCGGCCCGAAUGAUAGAAGAAUCAUCCAGUUAAUGACCACCAGUAACCAGAAGGUCAACCAUACGGAGUCGCUACAAACCCAAUUGACCUCUGUGGUGAAUGAGCACGAAAUCAUCCGGUUGCAACUUGAACAGAUUCUUGAACUCCAAAGUCAUCAAGAAACUACCAGUAAUACGAAAGCGGAUGGACAAAAUUUGGAGAAUCUCAAGAUCGAAUUGGUUGUGAUGCAAAAUAACUUCAAUAAACUUGGAGAGAAACUCCAUAAGUAUACCAUGAACAAUCAAAAGAUCAUCAAGGCGAUAAAUGAGACGAGUAUCAAAAAUUUCGAAAUCAACAAAGAGGUGGAAGAUAUCUUAUUCAACGCCUUAAAAGAUAUUGAAACCGAGAACAAUCGACUACGAGGGCUUCUGAAACAGUUGGGGAGCCUGAUACAGGAAAAUAAAUUAAAGAUUUUUAAUAUGUUGAACGGUCUAAAUGAAUACAAGGACGCACAAUUGGUCAAUUUCAUUGAGUUGAAGCAAUUGCAAUUGAAAAGCCUAGAAGAAAAAUUGGCAAUGAAAAAAUUAUGGGUUUCUAUAUCGUUGGCAAACAGCUUUAAAAGUGGUGAUGAAGCAGAUUUUUUGCUGAGUUAUUUCCCGACUAGCAAGGCUACAGAUUUGGUGAAGUUGAAACAAACUCUUUCCGGUGAACUUGAUCAAAGAAGUUUUGAAAUAGAAUCAGUGGAACAUGAAAUAAAGCAGGCCAAAAAGAAAUUUUUAUUGUAA